AUGAAUUGUCAAACCCACAAGUAAGAAAUAGUCUAGGUUUGCCUGAAAAAGGGAUGUGAUAAUCAUCUACUUUGCCAAAAAUGCUUGAUUAUUCAUCCAACAGAUCAUACUUCGGAAUUCGUAGAGAAAAGUAGAGUUUUUGACUCUGAUGGUAAGGUCAUCUUAAUGAGUCGUACUUAUGAUAAUUUAAAAUAAAGAGUUAAUCAAACUAUCUUGAAUCUCAAGUCGUAACAGAUAUAGCUAACAGACGAAAUAGAAAAUUUAACUUUUGAUUUCCAAAGAAGACUCCAAGCAUAUUUAGAUGAGAAACUUAAAUAAUACAAAUCAGAAAUUCGCAAAUUUUAUCACUAGUUAUAAAAUAGCCUUUAUACAGAAUAAAAAAAGCUUUAGAAAGUUAGAAUUUUCCCAGAUGAUCCUUAUGAUACAUAGAUCAAUCACUUUAAUGACUUUAAAAAUUAAAUUCUUCGCAAAGUAAUUGAUGAAGUUGAAAGCGUAGAAUUUAAAGCAGGAUAGAAGCAGUAAGCCUUUAUAAGCAAAUCAAAUUAUGAUAACUCAUACAAUCGAAUCACUUAAACUAUUGAUUAACAUCCUUUCGUUUUACUUAAAGUCGUUAAUGAUAUACCUUUUGAGCAAUAAUGCAUUCAAGCCCUUUCUAUUUAAAAUAAGUUCUAUGAGCAUAAAGAUUGGAUUAAUAAGCUUUGUUAUUUAGAUAGCAAUUAAAUUUUCGCUUCUGCAUCAUCAGAUUCUACAAUAAGAGUUUUUGAUCUAAAUACUGAUUCAGAAAUAGCUAAAAUGGAAGGACAUAUAGGAGCAAUUAACACUCUGUUAUUCUGGGAUGAAACUACCCUUAUAAGUGGAGGAUUAGAUAAGACUAUAAGAGUGUGGGAUUGGUAAGUCUAAACUGAUGAGUAACAAACUGUUUUGUAUGGACAUGAUAAACCAGUUCGUGCUUUAGUAAAAUUGGAUGAAGAUUUGUUUGCAUCAGGUGGAGGUGAAAGACAAGUACACAUUUGGUCAUUUUAAAGUAAGAAACUAGUAAAAAAAUUACCUGAAUGUGAAGAUACAAUUCUAUGUUUAGCUAAACUACAUGGGGACUACAUGGCAUCAGGAUCUUCAAAAGGAAUUAUAACAAUAUAUGAUUAUUAAAGACUAAAUGGUAAUAUAAUAAAAUUCUUGACUAUUCAUAGUGGUGCAGUAAAAUCAAUGCUGUAUAUGAAAGAUGAGCAAAGAUUAAUCACAGGAGGAGAUGAUAACUAAAUUUACAUUAUAAAAUAUAUGUAGGUUGAUCACCCAUAUAAAUUAUAAGGCCACAAAGGAGGAGUUACUUCACUAAUAUAUUUGAACUCUCCUACAUUUUUUGGGUCUGCUGGAUGGGAUGGAUAAAUCAUGCUUUGGGACAUCGAGAAAAGGGAAGAAGUUCUCUCUAUAUAAGAGAAUGAGAACUAUAUACAAUCAGUCAUAUAUAUGAAUGAUGGUAAAACAUUAAUAUCUGGUGGAUCAGAUCAAACAAUAAGAGUAUGGACUAUGAAAGCUCAGGCUACACUGGAAGAGCUUUCAAUGUAGUUAUAAUCGUUUGCUAACAUAAAUGAAAACCUAGAUAACUCGUAAAAUGGAAUCCAAGGAAAUCACCUCGAAACUCCUAGAUAGGGCAACUGUGAAGUCUGUAAUAUUUUCUGA